AUGGCGGACGACGGGUGGGAGUCGCUGACUGGCGAGGCCAAGACCACGCUCACGGGCUUCCUUCAUGUGCGGACAAUGGGUGCGCUCGGGCGGGCGACGUGGUCCAAGACCUGGCUGGUGGUCGACACAGCUGCCGACACCCUGCAUCUGGCCAAGGACGCAUCAGCACCACCGCAUGAGACGCUAGUGCUGUCGGACGUGACCAAGGUUGCCCUGUGCGUCGCUGCCGAUGUCGCCAAGGCCCGCGAUCACGUCUUUACUAUCCACGCCGGGGGCGACUCGCCCAUCCACGUCGACGCGAAAGACGAGGCGACCAAGCUGGCCUGGCUCGACUUUCUGGCCGACGCCCUCGACGACGACGUCGUCCUCAAGUACCGCGACACGCCGCAGUCGGGUGCAUCGACCCCGCGCUCGGCCGCAGAAUCGUCCGCAGGCCAGCCCGCCAGCGAGCUCUCGGUCUCGUCGUCGUCGAUCGGCUACUCGCCGGCCGACAGCCUUGACAAGCCUGCUCUCGGCGCCACCUUUUGCCAGGAGCCGUCCGGCGCCGUGGCAGGCAUGCUGGAGAAGCGUGGCGAGGGCAUCCUCAUGACUCCCAUCGCCCUGUGGAAGAAGCGCUACUUCCGCCUCCAGGAUGGCGUGCUGUCCUGGGCAAAGUCAGACAUCGCCGCCCCACGCGGCUCCAUCGCCCUCUACGGGCCCGACGCCCCCGAGUCCAUCGACGUCGCUCUGUCGUCGUCUAGCUCUGGUGGUUUUACUAUCCGCAUCCCGGGCCGCCUCUACGAGAUGCGUGCCAAGAGCGAUCCCGCCGCCGCCGCCGCCUGGAUCCAAGUCGAGAUCCAAGUCAAGACCUCGCCACACCAAGGCUCGCCACCGAUCGCACCACUCCGCCUCGGCGUCGUCCCCUUCCUCAUCCUCAUCCUCGUCCUCGUCCUCGUCCUCGUCCUCGUCCUCGUCCUCGUCAUCAUCCAAACAUCACGGCUCGGUGGCCGUCCGCGGCUCGGCAUCGGCGUCGGCGUCGGCGCUAUCGCUGGCCACGCUCACGCUGCCUGCAUCGACCGGCAGGCUCUGGCCGAACGGGCAUCCUUCGACCUCGCUCUCCCGCUGCGCUACGUGCCACGCAGGCCGCCGUCCAAGUGGCUCGCCUUCCCGCAGGUGGCACUCGAUGCCGCCAGCUCUGGUGCAUGGCGGGAGUGGCUCGACGAGAAGCUGGCGACCGCGCUGGCCGCAGCUCGCGUCGACGACAAGGUCGCCGCUGAGCUUGUUGACGACCUCGCCGCGGCAGCGCUGCCAGAGAGAGCCACACUCAAGGGCGCGCUGUCACUGUCGGCGCUAGCAGCCGCCCUGCGCAAGGCCGGCAAGGCGGUGGGGAAAGCGCUCAAGCGGAGCAAGGCCAAGGCCAAGCCGUGGCCCAGCUCGCUAUCUGUAGAGCGGGCUUGGAUGGCGGUGCCGAGCGCCAGGAGUGCCAAUGCCGGCGACAACGAGCAGGCCGAGGUCCUUGUCACGGCCGCGACCAAGCUCCGCACACUGGUUGCCGUCUUUGACGCCGUCUUUCCCGGCCCGUGGCGGCCGAGCGAGAUCCGGUCGUGGUGGGCAGACGUCGCCGACCGCUCCGGCUACAUCACCGACGAUCUUGCGGUGGCGUGGUGCGGCGGCUCGACGACGGCGUCGAGCUUCUCAGCAUGGCGAACCUAUGGCCACACUACUGUCUACCCACGCAUUGUCGAGCGAAUGGCGGCAGCGCGGUCGUCGGUCGCCGAGCCUGCGGCCUCGCUCGCCUUUCUCAACUUUGCUUGCGCCCGCCAGCGGACCUUCCGCCAGCUAAUCAACAGCGUCCGCCUCGAGACGCUGCUUGGCCACUCGAGCAUCCGAUUCAAUGCCGGCUCACGAUUCCGUGGCGAGCGCGGGAGGCAGUGGCUGGCCGCGGUGCCAAAGUUCCGCCUCGCCGCUCCCGCGCCGCCGCGCCGCGAAGGCAAGGUGCGCAAGAUUCGCCUCGAGACACAGGCGAUCGACGGAUCGUGGUCACGAGUCAAGGCCAAGCAUGUGCCUACCAUGGUCCGAAGCGCGCUUGAUCUUCUCCCGCUUCACAAGCGUGAUAGCGUCCAGGUCUCGCCUGAGAGCCAAGGCGUGUACAUGAUGGUGGUGCACGUCUCGUCGUCGCUCGCCAAGGCGCUGUCGUGUCGGGAAGGCCUCGAGCCCGAGUCUGCAUCUGCCGUAUGGCCGAUAUUGGUGCGGCGGACGGAUCUCGCGCCUGAUGCUGUCUGGGUACCGGGCUGGUACGCGUACGUGGGCAUGGCGGCCAAGAGUGCGCUGAGCGCUCGGGUCCGCCAGCACAUGGUAGCGUGGUCGGCAGCGCAGACCAUCGACGUUCUUCUCGCCGUCCAGGACAGAGCCGACGACAACCCGUGGGCGCCGCUGCGGCCUCCGACCUCAGUUGCCAUCAUCUACGUCUCCUCGGAUCCGGGCGCAGAGAGCAAGGCGAUCCGCGACACGACGACCGCGCAGCGGUCGCGGGUUCUCAAUCUCGUCUCGCAUCGCAGCUCUAGUCAGUCGUGCGCCAGCGAGACCGCGAGCGAGAGCAGCAGCUCUUGAAGACUAGAAGAUCAAGACCGUUCAAUGCAAGGGCUACGCCAGGAUAUUGUGCAGAGUGGUGGUCCGCGAGCCGGGACGAUGGCUCGUCUUGGGCUUGUGGACCUUGCCGUCGGGCG